AUGUCGAUUUUGGUAAAGAGAAGAAAUCCCUUUUCUUCUGCAACAUACUCUCCCAACUUUGCCGCCGCUUUGUUCUUGCUCCACCGCAGCUAUCACAGGUAUUUGUGCGCAAGGAACCCUAUAAUGACAACAUGUAUACCGCCAUCAUUAAUCCCUUUAGAAGCUCGAAACUCAAUGGGGGUACUAACUGUUUUUGGAGGGAGAGCAAGUUCCUUGAAGAUGAUUGAUGACAAACACGCGUUUCCAAAUACUUCCCACAAGAUCGCUCAUAUCCCCCAAAUUCGAUGUUUGGCAAACUCUCACAAUAUCAAUCAGUUCAACAACAAAGAUCAGUUUCUGAAUCUGCAUCCAGAGGUUUCCAUGCUUAGAGGCGAGGGAAACAACACAGUGAUUAAAGACAACAGUUUGGGUGGAAAUGUUACUGAGAUUUUGAGAGAUUCAACAAGUUCAGGUAACUACAAUGAGGCUAAGAUUAAAGUAAUUGGUGUUGGUGGUGGUGGAUCAAAUGCAGUUAAUCGUAUGAUUGAAAGUGAAAUGAAGGGUGUUGAGUUUUGGAUUGUGAAUACUGAUGUUCAAGCCAUGAGAAUGUCACCUGUUUUCCCUGAGCAACGGUUGCAGAUUGGUGAAGAGUUGACUCGUGGACUUGGUGCUGGUGGUAAUCCUGAUGUUGGUAUGAAUGCUGCUAAAGAAAGUAGAGAAUCCAUUGAAGAAGCUGUUUAUGGUUCAGAUAUGGUUUUCGUGACUGCUGGGAUGGGUGGAGGAACAGGUACUGGUGGGGCCCCUGUGAUCGCUGGUGUGGCAAAGUCAAUGGGAAUUUUGACCGUUGGUAUUGUGACGACACCCUUCUCUUUUGAGGGCCGAAGAAGAGCUGUUCAAGCACAAGAAGGAAUUGCAUCGUUAAGGGAAAAUGUCGACACUUUAAUUGUCAUUCCAAAUGACAAAUUAUUAACUGCAGUUUCCCCUUCUACCCCUGUAACCGAAGCUUUUAAUCUCGCCGAUGAUAUCCUUAGACAAGGUGUUCGUGGUAUCUCAGACAUAAUCACGAUUCCAGGACUGGUAAAUGUUGAUUUUGCUGACGUAAGAGCUAUCAUGGCAAACGCAGGCUCCUCAUUAAUGGGGAUAGGAACUGCAACCGGGAAGACUAGGGCUAGAGAUGCUGCAUUGAAUGCCAUUCAAUCACCUUUGCUAGAUAUUGGUAUCGAGAGGGCUACUGGAAUUGUCUGGAAUAUAACUGGUGGUAGUGAUUUGACAUUGUUUGAGGUAAAUGCUGCAGCCGAGGUGAUAUAUGAUCUUGUUGAUCCGAGUGCUAAUUUGAUAUUUGGAGCAGUUAUUGAUCCAUCGAUAAGUGGUCAGGUUAGCAUAACCCUUAUAGCAACCGGAUUCAAGCGGCAAGAAGAAAGUGACGGAAGGACUCUACAGCAGGGGGGUCAGGCAGAUGUGGCUGGAAUGAACCGAAGAUCACCAGCCUUCACGGAAGGCGGCUCGGUGGAAAUCCCCGAGUUUCUAAGGAAGAAAGGACGGUCACGCUACCCACGAGCUUGAACUCGUGAAUUUACCUUUUUGCCCUUGUGAUAUAUUACUACUGAAUUAUGGUUGUGUAGGUAGAGAAAAUUGUUGCCACCGGUAGCAAAAAAAAAAAAAAAAAAAGGUUUAAGAGAGCAUUAUUAUGCAACAUGUCUUUAUCCAAUAAAAAGUUGUAGAAAGUGAAUGACAACUGUUUUAUAUUAUU